GCGGGAGGGAGAGGCGCUACUGGUGUAAGCAGACAAGAUGAACCCCCGAUUGGUCGGGAUCCUAUUCUGCGCCCUGCUAAGCGCUGCCUUGGGACACCGCAUGCGGUGCUAUGACUGUGGUGGUGGCCCCAGCAACUCCUGCAAGCAGACGGUGAUCACCUGUGGUGAGGGUGAGCGCUGCGGCUUCCUGGACCGCAAACCCAACCCAGGACAAGCCAAGCAACCGUCCGUGACCUUGGGUCAGCACCACCCCGCCUGUGUGGCCACCCAUCAUUGCAACCAAGUGGACAUAGAGUCAGUGGGAGGUGUGACUUUCACAACCCAAAAAAACUGCUGCUUCGGAGACCUGUGCAACGGCGCCGUGGUGAGCUCCGUGACCCCUCUCUGUAUCUUGGCGGCAGUUGUUACCACCCUGGCCUGGCUCUUGCCGUGACAGUAGAGUGAGCAGAUGGUGGGACUGAGGGCAGGGAAGGGACCAAGGGAGCUGGACAUCCAAGGUGAGAAAAUAGGCACUCCUUUGCGCGCCAUUAAAAUGUAUGGACUAUUCUAGAGCUGACUAUUAAAUUCUAUCCAUUUUU